AGCCAGCCCCAAUCAAUUUUUCCAAUAAAUUCCCCCCAAGCCCCCAACCUUAACCAGUCGCCGCCCAUGGCGCCGUGGGCGGACCUGCCGCCGGACCUGCUCGCCCGCAUCGCCGACCGCCUCGGCCUCAAGUGCUACACCAGCGCGAGGGGCGCCUGCGCGGCGUGGCGCCGCGUGCUCGCGCCGCCGGCUCCGGCGCUCCUUCUCGUCGCCGGCGACGGGUGGGGGCAAUCGCGCCCCACCUUCGCCGCCUCCCUCCCCGCGCGGAGGUCCUUCGACCUCGUGCCCUUCAUCUCCUACAACAGCCGCUGCGUCGGCUCCAGCGGCUCCUGGAUCGCGCUCUCCGUCGUCCCCUACCUCGAGCGCCGCGCCGUCAUCGUCCUCCUCAACCCCGUCGCACCCGCGGAGGUCGUCCUGCCGCCGCUGAUCUACGACGCCAUCUGGGUGGUCUCCAAGGUCGUCUUCGCGCCCAGCCCCGCCAAGGACGAUUUCGUCGCCGCCGCCAUCUGCGACAGCGACAGGAUCGCGUACGUCACCGCCGGGGCGAGGAGGUGGGCCGUCCUGGGCCCCGUUUGUCUCGCUGAUGGGGACCAUUUCACCGACCUCGUCUACCAUGGCGAAGGCAAGGUCUACUGCCUCACCAGGUGCGGGAACGUGCAUGUCCUACACCUCCCUGAGCGCCGCCGCCGGCAACCUGCCACGGUAAAUGGUUCAGAGUUUUCUCUUCUCCAAACUCCUGAACACAUUCGAAGGUGGAUAUCUGCUCCUGGAGCUCCAGAUCCAAUGAAGGGAAUGGCGAUUGAUUUACUGCAGGAUGUAUCUGACCUGUUUAUGAGACGUUCACCUGAAUGUCAAGGAGAGGAUCUAAAUGAAGGAGCCACCAUCGAGCCCUUGUUGUCCGCAGGGAACGCUGGGUCCAACCCUGUCAUUGCCUUUGCUACGCCCUAUGACAUUGUGUCUGCGGUCACUGGUGCUAAGAACUUGGUGAUGUGCGAGGGUAAUCUGUACCAAGUCUGGAGGAACACAAGCUGCACCGUUUCUCUUCAGCUUCCUGGAGGAGGUCGGCGUCGCACCCUGGAGAAUGAGAUAUUUGUUCUAAGAUACUAUCCCCAGCGCCAGCCUUGCUGGGAUGUGGUGAAGGACUUGAGGGGCUACUCCUUUUUUAUUGGAAGGAACAAUGCAAUGUCAAUGUGUGCAGAGGGUGUGCCGGGAAUUAGGGCCAACUGCGUAUACUGGAUUGGUGGGAAUGGUGAGGAUCAGGGCAUGGUCUUUGACAUGGAAACUGGGAGGUCUACAUCUUGCAUAACUCCUGUCAUCACUGUACCUGGGCAUCAACAGCGUACAGUAUGCUGGUACUUAUUGAACGAUAUGGUUACCACCACCACCAGCAGCAGCAACAGGGGAAGAAGGAAUACGCCGACAGCAGCAACAGAAUGAAGUGAUCUUAGUCUUGCAGGAUCCAUGGUAUUGCGGAUAACCUUUCUAGUGUGAGGCAGUUUGCUUGAAUGUACUAUGUAUGUCUUUCUUUGUCAAUUGAUAUGAAUAAGUUUCAAUUUAUGUGGUAAUCUGGAUGAUCAUUCUACAGUGAGGCAGCAGUUUGCUUGAAUAUGCUUU